UCAUUUAAAUCCUUCAAGAGCCUGCACCUCGCGCAGACCUAAUGUCACUAUCCACCAUCCACCUCCAGCUGCAACUCGCUUGGAUAUUGCAUCUUUCCAUACCAAUCUGAUCAGCCGAACCCCUAAACUUGAUCUCUCUUCAAUACUGACACCCUUGCGUACGGUUUCUUGAUCGUCAACUUUUAUAAGUCCAAGUCACUUCAAAAUUCAAUACUAGGUCAUCAAGAUGUCUUAUCGUCCCCAAUCGAGCUCUUCUCAGCUGGGCCCUGUGCUCAUCGUCGGUGGCUGUGGUUUUCUCGGAUACCACCUCGUUACUCAUCUUCAACGUGAAGCGGGUUAUGGAACCAUCCACGUGCUUGAUGUCAACGUCAGCAACAAUCGACACAACGCCUUUUCAUACAUCAAAGGGAACAUCGCCGACUAUGAUGUUGUCGAAGAAGUUGUGAGGAGAUUAAAGCCCCGAGUCAUCUUCCACGCCGCCUCGCCCGUUGCAGCGCUUCCUUCUUCCAGAGCCGGGGAAUACUACGAAACCAACGUCACAGGAACGAGAGUUUUGUUGGAAGUUGCCGAAAAGAGCGAGCAUGUCAAGGCACUGGUCUACACGUCGACUUGCGAUGUCUACGUCAACCCUCCCCACUACAACGUGGACGAGACGCAUCCCCUGUGGACGGAUCACGCCAAAACGAGCGAGUAUAGCCGCACCAAGGCCAUGGCUCAACGCCUCGUACUUGCAGCUAACGGACCACAGCUGAAGACAGUCUGCCUCCUGCCUGCUCACAUGUACGGUGAAAGGCACAGGCAAGGACUUCACGAGAUACUCGCGACAUGCACUACUAGGUGGCUACCGCUUUUUCGGUUUGGAAACGGAGACAAUAAGAUGGAAGUUGCCUCUGCAGACAACACGGCCGCAGCACACGUUGUGGCCGCAAAGGCUCUGCUUGAUCCCAGAGUACCUGCUGGAUACAUUGAUGGCCAGGCCUUUAACGUGUCGGACGGACAACCCGUCCCAUUCUGGCAUCACGUUGAGGUAGUAUGGAAGUCGGUCAGGGGGGAAAAUGUCAAACCCUUUACCAUUGCUGCGUGGUUCUUGGUCUUGAUGUCCUGGUUCGCACAGUGGUUUCUAUGGAUCUUUACCUUGAAUAUGGUGAAGCCGUGGAAUGCGUUGACCACUCUGAGUGUCACGUACUGCCUGUUGGACCAUACGUAUAGCAUCGAAAAGGCAAGAGAAAGACUGGGAUUUGCACCAGUCGCGAACCACGAUGAGGUUCUCAGACAGGCGGUCAGAUGGGAGUUGAACCGUGCCCGGCAGGCAAGGGAAGCCGAACCAGGAUGGAUCAAGCAGGUUUACCUAAUGGCUAAUAAGUUUGUUGGACGGUUUUAGAAUCAAUGUGUUUGUCGAAUGAUAUAUGUAUUAUUACAACGAAGGAAGGACAGCGGUGGAAUAUGAAAAAUAAGGGACAUUGGCGUUAUGACCGGAGAUUGCAGCUGCGGUUCACAAUAGAAAUUAUUUAGUUAACUCUACCUUGUCUUGCUUCCAAGGAC